UGGCCUAGGGCGGGGGGCCGGCGGCGGCGGCGGGGAGCCGGGGAACUCGGAGCCGGCAGCGCGGGGCUCAGUCGGGGGGCGGCGGCGGCGGCGGCUCCGGGGAUGGCGGCGGCUCCGCUGCUGCUGCUGCUGCUGCUCGUGCCCGUGCCGCUGCUGCCGCUGCUGGCCCAGGGGCCUGGGGGGGCUCUGGGGAACCGGCAUGCGGUGUACUGGAACAGCUCCAACCAACACCUGCGGCGCGAGGGCUACACAGUGCAGGUGAACGUGAACGACUACUUGGACAUCUACUGCCCUCACUACAACAGCUCGUCAGCGGUGCCGGGCGCAGGCCCUGGCCCAGGCCCAGGCGGCGGGGCAGAGCAAUACGUGUUGUACAUGGUGAGCCGCGCUGGCUACCGAACCUGCAAUGCCAGCCAGGGCUUCAAGCGCUGGGAGUGCAAUCGGCCACAUGCCCCACACAACCCCAUCAAGUUCUCGGAGAAGUUCCAGCGCUACAGCGCUUUCUCGCUGGGCUACGAGUUCCACGCUGGCCACGAGUACUACUACAUUUCCACGCCCACCCACAACCUGCACUGGAAGUGUCUGAGGAUGAAGGUCUUCGUUUGCUGUGCCUCCACAGAGCACUCCGGGGAGAAGCCGGUCCCCACUCUCCCCCAGUUCACCAUGGGCCCUAAUGUGAAGAUCAACGUGCUGGAAGACUUUGAGGACGCCAACCCCCAGGUGCCUAAGCUGGAGAAGAGCAUCAGUGGGACCAGCCCCAAGCGGGAGCACCUGCCACUGGCCGUGGGCAUCGCCUUCUUUCUGAUGACGUUACUGGCUUCCUAGCUCUGCCCUUCAGCCGGAGACAUGGGGUUGGGCAUGGCCUGGGAGCCCUCCUCCAGUGCCCAGGGAUGGCAUGGGCAGUAGACACCUGUGCCUGCCUGUUCGUCCCCUGCCACAGGCAGGGCACAGCAGUGGCCCGGGCAUAGCCACCCACCCCAAGUGACCCUGGUCCUGUUUGGUAUCAAACUCGGGGGUGCUCAGGCAGUGCCUAGGACUUCCUGCCCCCCAAUACCUUUCUCUGGCCCCUGGUGCCCUCCCACCUUGUCCCCUCUCCAGGAGACAAGUAUACCUGAGAGAGAGAGAGAGAGAGAACAAGCAGGAGCCCCUCCCAGUGUGGCGGCCCCCACAUCACUCUCCUCCAGGGGCAGAGCACAGGGAGGGGACUAGAGGGGUGAGGGGCUACCCUCUCCCCAGUUUACAGCAAUAAGCUUGUCCUCCUCCCCCCUGCGCCCCUCAGCCCACUCCUAGGACUGUGUGGUUUGGAUGGAGUCCAAGUUUACAAGCAGAUCCCCCCAAGGGUGGGCAGUGGGCAAGGGUGACAAGAGUGGGUAUCAGGCGCCAGGCUGGCAUGUACAGACUCUAUAUCUCUAUAUAUAAUGUACAGACGGACAGAGUCCCUUCUUCCCCAACUCUUCACCUUCCUUGAUGUCCCCUUCUAGCUACAGACCCUUCCCCCCCAGGCUGGGGCCCCCCAGGGGUGGACCCUGCUGGCCCCUCUUUUGUCUUCUGUGAAGACAGGACCUAUGCAACGCACAGACACUUUUAAAGACCGGGAGACAACAACACACCCUCCCCAGCCUGAGCUGGGACACCCCCCCCCACACUCCUAGGCUCUGCCCUGCCUACUGUCCCCCUUCCUCUGUGGUUCCCCGCCACCCACCCCCUGGGCCUUUUUCAAGUGCUUUGGCUGUGACUUUCAUACUCUGCUCUUAGUCUAAAAAAAAUAAAAUAAACUGGAGAGAAAAAUAA